UCAAAACUUUGAGUUGACUUAGCAUUAUAAUACAACAACCCCUCACUGGCACAAAUAUGUAUGUAUCAACUUCAUCAUUUAGUUAAAAUUCCAGUUUUCUGAUCCAAUUUGCAGAACAAAAGAAGAAAUGGCAUUAGCUAUGGUGGGAGAGGCACUUAUCUCUGCUUCUGUGCAGAUCUUAUUGGAUAGGAUGGCCUCCAGAGAGUUCAGAGAUUUCUUUUCCAGCACAAAGCUAAAUGUUUCUGUGUUGGAUGGAUUGAAGAUAAACUUGUUGGCUCUUAACACUGUGCUCAAUGAUGCUGAGGAGAAGCAGAUCACUGAUCCUGCAGUGAAAGCAUGGCUUGAUGAGUUGAAAGAUGCUGUCUAUGAUGCUGAAGAUUUGUUGGAUGAAAUCAACACUGAGUCUUUCAGAUGCAAGGUGGAGGGAGAAUAUAAAACAUUUGCUACCGAGGUUAGAUCAUUUCUUUCAUCUCCCUUUAACCAAUUCCAUAGGAGCAUGAAUCCGAAACUUGAAGAAAUAUCUACAAGACUAGAACAUUUUGUGAAACAAAAAGAUAUUCUUGGUUUGCGAAUUGUUUCUAGGAGAGUUUCUAGUAGAACAGCUACAGAUUCAUUGGUUGAACCUAUUGUUGUUGCAAGAGAUGAUGACAAAGAAAAGCUACUGAACAUGCUUCUAUCUGAUGACGAUGAAAAGAAGAACAAUAUAGAAGUAAUUACAAUAUUGGCCAUGGGAGGAAUGGGAAAAACAACCCUUGCUCAAUCCCUUUAUAAUGAUAGUGAAGUGCAGGAACAUUUUGAUUUGAAAGUUUGGGCAUGGGUAUCAGACGAUUUUGAUGUUUUUAGAGUGACAAAAAAAAUUGUCGAAUCUCUCACAUUGAAAGAUAGUCAUAUUACUAAUUUGGAUGUUCUUCGUGUGCAAUUAAGGAAUAGCUUAAGAGAGAAGAAAUUUUUGCUUGUGCUUGAUGACCUUUGGAAUGACAAGUAUAAUGAUUGGCAUCACCUAAUAGCUCCUUUCAGCAGCGGGAAGAAAGGAAGUAAGAUCAUUGUCACAACCCGACAACAAAGAGUUGCACAGGUCACACACACUUUUCCCAUUUGUGAGUUGAAACCUCUUACAGAUGAUAAUUGUUGGCACAUACUAGCCAAUCAUGCAUUUGGAAAUGAAGGUUACUACAAAUAUCCUGGUCUCGAAGAAAUUGGUAGGAAAAUUGCAAAAAAAUGCAAUGGCCUACCACUAGCUGCUAAAACAUUGGGAGGCCUUUUGCGAUCGAAUGUUGAUCUUGGGGAAUGGGAAAGAAUUCUGAACAACAGCUUAUGGGCACAUGAUGAUGUUUUACCUGCUCUACGCAUAAGUUAUCUACAUCUUCCAGCAUAUAUGAAAAGAUGUUUUGCUUACUGCUCAAUUUUUCCAAGACAACAUUUGUUGGAUAAGAAGGAGUUGAUUUUGUUAUGGAUGGCUGAAGGCUUUCUUCAACAGGUCCACAGUGAGAAAGCUAUGGAAUCAGCAGGUGAUGAUUGCUUCAAUGAAUUCUUAUCUAGAUCCUUAAUUGACAAACAAAAAGUUGAAGUUGGAGGAAAGUUUCGAAUGCAUGACCUCAUUUAUGAUUUAGCUAAACUAGUAUCUGGAAAAAGUUCAUGCUACUUUGAAUGUGGUAAGUUAUCGGGAAGUGUUCGCCAUUUAAUAUUUCAUACAAGGAAGUUUGAUGUAUCUAGGAGAUUUGAGGGCUUGUAUGAGCUAAACUGUUUGCGGACCUUUCUACCACGACUCCAAUAUUCAAGUCAAGAAUGUUACUUAGCAAAAAUAGUAUCAUGUGAUUGGUUGCCAAAACUAAGAUGCUUGCGAACACUCUCAUUGUCUGAAUACAAAAAUAUCACUGAACUGCCCGAUUCAAUUGGUAAUCUGGUGCUUCUAAGGUAUCUUGACCUUUCCAAUACUUGGAUCCAAAUGUUGCCUAAUUCAACCUUUGUGCUUUACAAUCUGCAGACUUUGAAAUUAUCCAAUUGUAAGUUUCUAAUUCAACUGCCAGAACAAUUAGGAAAUUUGGUCAAUUUACGUUACUUGGAUAUCAGUGACACAAAUUUGGAGUUGCCGACAAAAAUAUGCAAUCUACAAAGUCUCCGUACAUUGACUUGUUUUGUAGUAGGCAAACAAAAUGGACUAAGCAUCACGGAAUUAAGAAGAUUUCCCCAUUUGCAGGGUAAGCUUUCCAUUUUGGAACUACAAAAUGUUGACCAUCCUAUGGAGGCAUUUCAAGCCGACCUGAAGAAAAAAGGGCAAAUUGAGGAGCUUACGUUGAAAUGGGGUAGUGAUCCACAAGGUUCGGAAAUUGCCAAAGAUGUACUUGACAAUCUGCAACCGUCAACAAAUUUAAAGAAACUCAACAUCAGCUCCUAUGGCGGCACAAGCUUUCCAAAAUGGUUGGGUGAUUCUUCAUAUUCUAAUGUUAUAGUCCUUGGUAUUACUGAUUGCAAGUAUUGCUUGUCACUUCCACCAUUUGGACAAUUACCUUCACUUAAGGAACUUGUCAUCAAAAGAAUGAAAAUGAUAAGUACAAUUGGCAAUGAAUUCUACUGCAGCAAUAUAGGUUUGCCUUCUUUUAAGCCAUUUCCAUUGUUAGAGAGUCUCCAAUUCGAAGACAUGCCACACUGGGAGGAGUGGUUACCAUUUGAAGGUGAAGGUAGCAACUUUUGUUUUCCUUGUCUUAAGAAUUUGAAAUUAUCCAAGUGCCCUAAUUUGAGAGGAAACUUGCCCAACUCUCUGCCUUCAUUAACAAAGAUUAGUAUCUCAGAGUGCAAGAUGCUACAAGCAAAAGCAUGUGAUCUGCAAUGGAACUCAUCAGUUGAAGAAAUACAUAUUACAGAAGGGGGAGAAGAUCUGUUGUCUUUGCUUGACAAAUAUUCUUGGUUAAAACUAUCUAUUGAAAAUUGUCACAGCUUUCAAUCUUUGCCAAGAAUGAUGCUCGUUGCCAAUUGUCUUCGAAGGUUGACUCUUAAAAAUAUCCCUUCUUUGAUUUCUUUCCCAACACAUGGUUUGUCCACGUCAUUGCAAUUACUUGAAAUCAAAGACUGUGGGAACUUAGAAUUUCUAUCUCAUGAAACAUGGCACAAAUACACAUCACUUGAAAACCUGAUAAUUUGGAAUAGCUGUCAUUCCAUGAAAUCCUUUCCAUUGGAUUGUUUCCCAUCCCUUCAAUUUAUUGAUAUAUGGUAUUGUCACAACUUGGAAGCAAUUACUACUCAAGGUGGAUCGGUUGCUCUCAAAUUAUCAUUUCUUAUUAUCAGGGAAUGUGUGAAGCUUUCGUCACUGCCAGAACAGAUUGUUCUCCCUGUCUGUAAUCACUUCCACCUUACAAGGCUUCCGCAGCUAUUAUCGAUUUCCCCAAGUUGUUUGUCUUCCAGUUUAAAAUCACUUGUUGUUGAUAUUGGAAAUUUAUCAUCAAUGUCUAAACAUGAGUUAGGUUCACUAUUCCAAUGCCUCACUUCUCUGUCAAUUCUUCACCUUUGGGGUUUGCGGCGGCAAGAUCUGCUCAAUACCUUGUUGAAGGAGCGGUUACUGCCCACUUCUCUCCAGCAUCUGACGCUUUCGCGUUUUGAUGGUUUAAAGUUGUUGGAAGGAAAAGGGCUUCAACAUCUCACUUCUCUCCGAGAGCUUCACAUCUUGCAAUGUCAAAACCUUGAGUCCUUGCCAGAAGAUCAAUUGUCACCCUCUCUAGAAUUACUGGAGAUUUGUUUCUGUCCUUUACUAGAAGCAAGGUAUCAAAGUCAGAGAGGGAAAUAUUGUUCUACGAUUGCUCACAUUCCGGCUAUCAAGAUAAAUGGUGAAGUGAUAAUAUAAGAUGUUUCAUGAGUAUGAAGUAUGAACUGUUGAAAAGACGUUCCACUGUAACGUUUGAUUUGAAGCUGGAGAAGUAUGAUGCUGCUGUGAAGAUCAAGAUCGUCAAGGAAGUGAGGGCUUUCACUGACUUGGGGCUGAAGGAAGCGAAGGACUUGGUGGAGAAGCCUCCCUGUGUUUUGAAGAAGGGGCUCAGUAAGGAGGAGGCUAAGCCCAUCAUGGAGAAGCUUAAGGAGUUGGGUGCUGCUGUUGUGUUGGAUUGAUUCUCAAUUUCACUUUGGUGUUCUCAAUUUUGUGUUAGUUAUAGAAUCAUUGAAACUUGUUUAGGGGUGAUGAAUGAUAAUGAUAAAUGAUAAGUUAUAUGUCUUACCCCCUUCCCUCUUUUUAUGUUUUGUUGGUGGAUUGAUAGUUUUUGUUACGUGACAUUCUAUAUUUUAAUUGAAGUUUGACACCGGUAACCACUUUUAAUGGGUUAAAAUUGUGUUUCAGCAUCGGGGAGGUGUGAGGUUCAUCUUCGUGUAGUUGGAAUAAGUGUAUUACUGGGCUUAUUUUCAAUCUUGGUUUAUUGUUUUAUUUCUUUUGUCUUUAGCUUGAAUGAUUGAUGAAUAUGUUAUGAAGGGCUUGGAUAGUUGGUGAGUGAAGUCAGAAGUGAUUUGGAAAGUUGUUUUUCAAAAUGGCCAGAUUUUGCAUUGCGGAAUGGUGUCUAUCAGAUAUUUGAAGAAAUACGCAAUCUCUGUUUGGGUUUUAGUGAUCAUUUUAGCUGAAAUUUGGAGUAUUGAGUACUG